AUGAAUUUAGACAACACCAAUGUCGAGGAGCUACAACGUCGGGUGCAGCUCCUCACCGAACGGAAUAGCAACCUCGAGCAGUUGGUGCAGGAUCAGUUCAGAGGAGAUCCUUCAACCCUAAAUCACUUCGCCCAGAACUACGGGUACUCGCUGGCCCAGGGCUAUCAGCUUCCCAGCUACGGCAGCUCAAGUGCACGAAGUAGUGGUCUCUCUCGUAGCAAGUCUUCCGUUAGCUAUCCCACACAACAAAUAAAGAGUGCCAUCACGGCUCACAGGCGCGAGCGGAGAGCAUACUCGCAGCAGUCAGCGAGCGCUACAGUCCCCAUGAGCCGAAGCAUGUCUGCUCAGUCCGAGUCUCCCAUGCCCUUUUCACAAACUGGGAACCGCAUCGCUCCUCUCAACCCGUCCAUCGGUCGCUUCUGCGCUUCUCAAGAUGAGCCCGCCAACCAGUCCCUCCAUGGCGCAACUGAACGACUGCCCAGCGUCCAGGAGAACCAAACUCUCAGCAUUGGCAUGGACCCUGGCGACUUCUUGGAGAUGUACACCGAGAUCCCCCAAAGCUCGCAGCAGUUUGACUCGAACUUCUCAAACUUCCCAUACAACAUGGCCUCCACAAGUGCCUUCUCGAGCCUCUCGUCAAGCCUUUCCUCCUCCAAUGUGCCGUGCAGCUACCCCCUCUCAUCGGCGUGUCCUUCAAUGAUCUCCGGUCCCUCUGUCACCGAGGCCCCGAGUCCUUUGACACGCCAAAACAGCGCCCUGGACAAUUUUGGGGUUCCCAUGGCCGCCAUGGAAUCAUCGCAGUCUCACAUCGACGGGCUCGUUGCUCCGGAUCUUUCUCCCAGCUCAAGCAACCUUUACCCCACCAGCAAGCAGUACACACCUGAGCAUGAUCUCAUCGGCCUCGGCGCCAAUCUUUCCUCCACUGCUACUCAGCAGUGGGCAGUCGCCAACAAGAACUCACUCUUGUCGUCACCAGAGUCCGCCGACAUGGAGCGAUCUGCCUCCAACACAAGUAUCUCAAGUGUGCGAUCGAAUGCUUCCAACCUAGAGCGCAGAGCCGCAGAGGCCCGAGUUCGUGUUUUGCAGUCCGCCAAGACCCUUCAUCUUGCCCCCAAGCCCAAGGAGGAGACGACCAAGGCCGAAGCCAACUCGACUGCUGCCAAGAAGGAGGCCAAGGUGGCUGUGAACAAGAGUAGCUAUCAGCGACCCAAGCACCCCAAGGUUCACUGCACCCAGUGCAAUGAGCAUCCAGAUGGCUUCCGUGGUGACCAUGAGCUUCGCCGGCACAUCAACGCCAAGCAUGAGGGCAUCGUCAAGAAGUUUGUUUGCCGUGACCCAGCGCUGGCUGGCAUCAAGUCCAACGUCGAGGCUGUGAACCCCUUGUCUAAGUGUAAGGCGUGCACCUCUGGAAAGGAGUAUGGCGCCUAUUACAACGCCGCCGCUCAUCUCCGUCGCACACACUUCAAGCCUAAGACUCCCCGAGGCAAGAAGGGUGCCAACGGUGAUGAGAAGCGCGGAGGCAAGGGCGGUGGUGACUGGCCUCCCAUGUCUGAGCUCAAGGCCUGGUUCGUCGAGAAGACGGUCGAGGUCGGCCAGAACGAAUCCCCCAUCAUGGAUCAGGAGGAUGACUCGGACAUGGUUGAUGCCGAGAUGGAAGGCUCUAGCCUGCCCAACCAGAUGGAGAUGUAUAGCACUGGCAGCAGCAUGAGCCCUUAUGGCGAGACCUACGACAUCGCCCUUGAGAGUGCUGAUCCCUCCAUGCUGGCUGGAGCCAACGGUGAGCUCAGCAUCCAGGCCCCCAUCUCGUCUGCCGGCAGCUUCGGAUACUCACCCUUCUCGGAUGGGUCUCCCCUGGUCGCUCUGAGCGACAACUAUGCCUUCUCGGAUCAGGGCUCCUCUGCCUAUGGGUCGAACCUCUCGUCCACAAACACCAUCACCCCAUCGAACUACCAAGACAUGUCCCACCUUGUCCAGUGGGCGUGA